CCCAGCAGCCUCUCCCCGCAUCACUGCGCACAUCCCCUUAAUAUUCUCGCUCUCGCACCCAGACGCAUCGACCUGCGACACACGUAGCUAUAUUCAACGCAAAUAUACGCCUAGAGCUCGAGUUCCGGAAAGAAAAAUACAGUGAGAUUAUAUAAAUAAAAAAUAACGAACGGAGAGAAGGAUGCUGCCGUAGCUUUAUGAGAGUACUGGCGCAACCAAGGCCCCCUCUCGAAUGUGGGGGUGUGCUGGCUCUUCACAUUUAACUGGCCAAACUAACAUCUGAGCCACGUCAACAGGCUUGUCAGGCGGUGGUUACCCUGAAGGUCUUUGUGAGUUUUGGAAUAGUGCCACAGACAAGAUCACCUGCCUAAGAGUAUCCUCAAGCACGAUGUCAGAGCUUCCAAGCCUCCACUCAUCCAAAUGACUACUCGCCAAAGCAGACUGAGGGCCUCUGAGGCAGCCAGCAGGAAAGGAAGACAUCUGGGCCACACCUGAAACAGCAACCCCUGACAUCAUGAGAACUGCCCCUGCCCUUCUUCUCUGUCUUAUUCUGCAAAGCACAAAAGGCGUGGUGGCGGAGCAGUGCUGGCAGGGACCGACGUUCUCCGAGACCCUCGUUGCCCCGAACCUGAAGAGCAGCAGCAUCCUGCGGGUGCCGGAGGUGUCGUCCCUGGCGCGCUGUGCCGAGGCCUGCUGUGACCUGCUGGGCUGCGACCUGGCCUGGUUCUUCGAGCGCCGCUGCUACAUCCUCAGCUGCCAGCGCAAGGAGAACUGCCAGCCCAAGCAGCGGCCCGGAACGGACUCGUACGUGGCCUUCCUGCAGCGCGGCCCCCCCCAGACACUCGUCCUGCAGUCGCUGGUGCGGGGGCAGCCCUACCCGGGCCGGUGGCGCCCCCUGCCGAAGCCCAAGGGGACGGACGCCCUCAAGGACCUGGGAUUGUUUGACGGGGUCCAGGGUUUCGACGACCCCGCCCUGACGCCGUUCGACUACCCCGAGGCCUACAGGAGCACAGAGGAUGCGGGCGAGGUCGGAGUUGGGGGUGGGGGCGGGAUUAGGGGCAGCUUUAAGGCGGAGCAGAAGGAAAGCUCAGGGUACUUGGACUGGCCGGCGGUACCAGGGAGAGAGGCCUUCAACCUCUCAGAGGCUGGGGGUGGCCGGGAGGAGCAGGAGUCCCUGCAAGACCUGACCAAGAGCGGACUGCUCCUGCGUGGCCCCUCCCCCGGCAGCCUGGAUUCCGUUGGGGUACCUACCACUGACUCUGGCCCCGCCCUUAGAUCCUCAGCCUCUGUACCAGAGAGCCCCAGUGACAGUGACCUUUCGCAGAAUGCAUCUGCCAGCACUGUGGAGGCCACACCCCUGUUCCAGAACAUCAGUGCAGACACAACCUCCCAAAGCCAAACAAGGACUUCCCCUCCCACAGAGUCUACACCUUCUGUCUCCAGCACUCCAACCCCAACCCCUGCCCUACAACCAGUGAAAACCCUGUUGGUGUCUGUGGGAGACCCUGUGGAGGUGACACAGCCCCAGAGCUCUGUGGAACUGGAAGCUUCUGUGAUCCCCAAGCCCCAGACUGAUGCCUCCUACAGUUAUGAGUGGAGCUUGAUCAGCUCCCCGACUGACCACCAGGGGGAGAUGGAGGGCAAGCACAGCAAAUCUGUCAGACUAUCUGGGCUGUCCACAGGCCUGUAUGCUGUGAAAGUCAGCGUGACCGGGGACAGCGCUUACGGAGAGGGCUUUGUAAAUGUGACUGUCAAUGCCGCACCACACGUGAACCACCCGCCUACGGCCGUCGCCCUCCCCGAGAGCCAGGACGUCACUCUCCCUGCCGGCUCCGCCUGCAUCGAUGGCAGCAAGAGCACUGACGAUGACGGGAUAGUGGGCUACCGCUGGGAGGAGGUAGCUGGCCCACCGCGGGAACUCACAGCCUUGGCAGACACUGCCAUCCUCCGCUUGUCAGAGCUGGAAGCUGGCAACUACACCUUCAGACUGACAGUGAUUGAUUCUGGUGGGUUGACUGACUCUGCCCUGGCCAUGGUGAGGGUGACCGAGCCGGUGGACCUUCCCCCGGUGGCCAAUGCUGGCCCGAACCAGACCGUCACCCUGCCCCUCGACCACAUCACCCUGAGCAGCGGAGAGAGCAGCGAUGACCACGGCAUCACAAGCUACUUAUGGACCCUGUGUCCCAGCAGCAGGAACCAGGAAGUGACCAUGCAGGGUGUGAGGACUCCCCUCCUCCAGCUGUCCUCUCUGCAGGAGGGAGAGUACACCUUCCAGCUGACUGUCACUGAUACGGUGGGCCAGAGGUCCUCCACCACGGUCACGGUUGUUGUGCAGCCUGAGAAGAAUGACGCCCCCGUGGCGGUGGUAGGGCCGGACAGACAGCUGACGCUCCCAGUGAACAGCACCAGGCUAGACGGCAGUGGCAGCACCGAUGACCACGGCAUUGUCACCUUCCACUGGGACAUCGUCAGUGGUCCUCCUGGGCUGAAGGUGGAGGAUGCUGACAAGGCGGUGGCCAUGGCAACAGGCUUCAGGGCGGGUAGCUACGUCUUCAGACUGACGGUGACCGACCAGCAGGGGGCAGCAGACAGUGCUUCCUUCACUAUCAUUGUUAGGGAAGCCAGGAACCUCUCCCUUGUCGCCCACGCCAGCGGCAGCCACACUCUGAUACUGCCCAACAACUCCCUGGUGCUCAGGGGCUCCGUGUCCAGCGCCGACCCAUCCAACGUGUCCUACCUGUGGGUCAGAGACGGUCAGAGCCCCGCCGCCGGGGACGUCCUGUACGGGUCGGAGCAGCAGGCCGCGCUGCACCUGGCCAACCUGGUGGAGGGCACCUAUUUGUUCCAGCUGCACGUGACGGACGGCCGGGGACGCUCCAGCUCGGCCACCGCCACCGUGGAAGUGCGUCCUGACCCCUACAGGAGGGACGAGGUGGAGCUGGAGCUGCAGGUGGCCAUGUCCCAGGUGAGCCAGCAGCAGAAGGACACAGUGGUCAGGCAGCUGGCCGCGCUGCUCCACGUGCUGGACUCCGACAUCGCCGUGCGGGGGCUGCGCGCGGAGACGGACGAAAGCACAGUGUUGCGGUUCUGUGUCCGGGGGCGGGAUGGGCCGAUGCCGGGCCCUCAGCUGGCUCGCCUGCUGAGGAAUCUGCUGCUGAGGGAGAAGACGGACUUUCUGCUCUUCAGGGUCCUCAGGGCGGACACCACCAUGUGCCUGCUCCAAUGUUCGAACCGCGGCCACUGUGAUCCUUCCACCAAGCUCUGCGUCUGUGACCCCUUCUGGAUGGAAAACCCCAUCCGCCGCUUCCUGGAUGAUGGAGAGAGCAACUGCGAGUGGAGCGUGCUCUAUGUCAUCCUGUCGUCCUUCGUGGGGAUCGUCCUCACCAUGUCACUCAUCUGGACCUGCGUGUGCUGUUGUAAGAGGCGAAGACGGACAAAAGUGAGGAAGAAAACCAAGUACACCAUUCUGGACAACAUGGAUGAGCAGGAGAGGAUGGAGCUGAGGCCCAAAUACAACCUCAAGCACAGGAGCACGGAGCACAACUCGAGCCUGAUGAUGUCGGAGUCGGAGUUCGACAGCGAGCAGGACACCAUCUUCACCCGGGAGAGGCAGGACAAGGGCAAGGGCCGCUCCAACGGCGCCGCCAAAAAUGGGGACGCCUUCAGCUACCACCCCGUGGAUGGGUAGGUUAUUAUGGGGAGGG